AUGGCUACGAUCGGUGAGGAAAAUAAAACGCGGUUCAAGCAGGAGUCCCACCGACGCGACUGGCCGAAGACGAUCUCUGAUCGGAUUCUUGCGCAGACACGGCACAUGAGCCAGGGCCUGAAUGAAAAGAAAGUGCCAAAGUGGAUUGAGGAGUUCAGGAAUCGGCUGCCUGUCGUCGAGGACGAUGAGGAGCAAUACUACGUAGGUUGGGACACCGAGCUCAGACAGGCAUGGAGGAGUAGCACCUCUGAUGCGAACAGGAAGGAGUUCGCAGACGACGAGUGCAUCAUGGGCGACACGGACGGCGACCCAAUCACGGCCAAGUGGUCCGACGGCUUCGAGCACAUCAUCACAGAUAUUACAAUUGGCCAGUUCAAGGAGGUUGGCAUCCAGCAGCCUGCCGGUGUGAAGUACAGGAGUGAGGGGCCGCACAGGCCCCGCAUCAUCUCGAUCUACGUCGACGGCGAUCAGAAGUGCCAGGCGAGGCCAGACCUGUUCAAGAACCCGACUGCGGCCGAGAAGUUCAUGAAGGACUUGGCCACCAGCUACUGCGAUGGAGCGGUGGAGCUUGAGCAGCUCCACAGCGCCAGGGACGACAAGCUGCAGGACACGAGAUCG